AUGGCAGACGAAGUCCUAGACAGGGAGAGCGAGGUGUUUAUGGCGAAACUUACCGAACAAGCUGAGCGAUAUGAAGGUAGGUGAAAUGUUCAUAGAUAUAAUCGGGCCGUGUCGGUGUUAAAAAUUGAGAUACAGCAAGAAGUUCUUUCGAGAAGCAACGCCAUUUUAAACAGGACGACGCUCUGACUUUCUUUGCGCCCUUCACACAUAAAUGAAAUCUUAGACAUAGUAUUUCGCCUUAGUUAUUUAUUUUGCAAACACGAGAGGGUGUAAGUAAAAGUCCUCGUGUUUUGUCAGAAAUUCAGUGACAGCUUUUAGAAGCCUUUGUACAGUACGUCACAAGGUUGGGUGACUGCGAUUGAUCGCAUCACGGCAUAACUGUAAGCUUAAGCUCGCUGGAUUCGAGUCAAUAAAACGCCCCCUUUUUUCCUGCCGGUUUCCACUUAAUAGCUAGCUGCAUGACAGUGCCCCUUUUCAAAAUAGCACAAACUCCAUGACUUGCUCGGUUUAGUUCGGAUCUUCAGCAUAAUUCAGUUAGUUGUUGAGAAAUAUUCUUACAUGAAAAAAUCAUCAUGUUGUGGAGUGAACUAAUAGCUAGGACAUAAAGUAAGGGGUUUUGAAUCAAUGACUGCCCAAGUUAAUUGAGGGUAUCUCACAGGAUCUGGGGGCAUGCUCCACCAGAGAGUUUUGGAAAUGAGAACUGCAAGCAAUCUAUUAAAUUUUCUUUUGAGUCACUGUAGAUUGAGAGCAUUUGUGAGAGGUUAGCGGUGAAACCAGGAGGUACAAGGGUGGAAGCCUGAGUGAAAAAAAAUAAGAGACUGAGAUGGGAUCAUUGAUCUUGUGACUUGCCACUUUCAUGUCUCCUUUAAUUUGUUGCCAGUUUUUUUCUUUCUGACAAUUGAUGCCAUAGCAUUUGGUAUGCUACUUCCUGUAAACAAACAGCUUGUUUGUUCGCUGCUGUUUGGUUCUGGACAUUAGUUCUGCUUUUUUCUGUGAGGUAUUGCUAUCUGGAAACUCCCAAAAAAAAGGUUUCCCAGGGCUCGAAAUUAACUUUUUCGUUCGGGAGCCAGCUGGCGACUAACGGAAAAAUUUUGGUCGCCAGAUCGUAAAUUUUGGUCGCCAACUUAUUUUAUAUAUAACUUACACAAGAACACGAUUUUAUACGUUACUUUGCAUGCAAGAAAAGUCACAACUGAAGAGCGAAAACAAUUAGAAACAACACGAGUAACACUUAGUUAUAAAGCUACCGUUGUUCUCAGGUGAUAUGUCUCUGGUCCGAAGGUGAUGGUUGUCUCCAAAGUCAUUUUAAAUGAAGCGAAGCAUAAAACGUUUUAAGUCCGUGGUUUUCAUUCUGAGACAAACACGGGUCCUUGUGUAUUUGCCCUUUGCUACUUCUACGAAAUGCCGUUCUAUAUUUUCGACUUGCUUUCCUCAACGCCUUUCGCUGCCGACAAACAACGCCAUGCUUGGCCCAGGCCUCUACACAACAACAUUGCUCGUACCAGUCUCCGACCGGGAGGAAACAAAAAUGGGCUUAGUGCAGUUUUUGGGUCUUCGUUUCCCUUUAGACAGAACGUUUUAGGAAAAUAAAACCUAAAAUGUUGCGGGAGUUACGGAGGCACCGUAUCUGCCACCAUUUUUGUUGUUGAAGUGUGCCUGCGACCCCAGUUUCGGAAGAAGCCGCUGAAACAAUAUGGCGCGCCCUGAACGCAGUAUCGACGUGUCGAAAUACAUUCCAUUUUUUCGAUUAUCUUGUAAUAUUCAGACAUUAUUUUACUGGGGACGGAAAGGUGAGUUGUAUACUAGCUACCAUAUCCGAUUGAUUUCCAAAUAUAAAGAUUUAAAAACAAAAGUUGUGUCGUGGUUUUCUUUAGUCAUCGGACAAAACGCGAGUCGCCAGCUGGCGACCAGUUCUGAAAAUUUAGUCGCCAGUGCUCAAUUUUUGGUCGCAUUGGCGACCAGUGAGUCGCAAUUUCGAGCCCUGUUUCCUCAAAGUAAGUGAGGAAGAAAGUGAAAAGGCGAAGAAGCUGUGCAAUGUUUGUAGGAUGUGCCAUUGACCAGGGUUCGAAAUUCCCACAAGCUAACUGGCUAAAUGCGAGCCAAAUUUGCGAUUAUCGAGUAUGGAAAAAAAUCACUUGCAUUUUCUAGCCAACUGCCUCGUAUACUGUGUAGAAAAAUUAAUUUCAAAAUAGCAAAAUGUCUCAACCUGGUCUCUGUUGGUAAAUGGGUUUUUAAAAAGGCAGCAAACUGCAGCAAAGAGUAGAAAAAACGUUCGGCUGGCCGCCAUGUUGUUGACAUCAAAUAUUGCAUGGGACUAGGAACUAGCUUUCAGAAUCCCCAGGUGUUCCUUGCUUUCAUGUAAUUCGCAGGAAAUCACAAAAACGGUGAAAAAUGUCAGACAUUACAAAGUUUUUUGGUGCUGUUACGAGCAAUAAUAAUGGAGAAAGUAGUGAGCCAAUGCCUAAAAAGGCAAAAGCCUCAGGUGUUCUGCAAACGGCUUCUUUAAAAACGGUUUGGAAGUGGGAGGAGCUUGAAAUCGAGUUGGGGAAAUGACACAAUGACGACGGAGUUGUUAACAAGAUUUGGUGUGUGGUUUGUAAAGAAUUUGGAACAGCAUGGAGACUAACAUCUUAUGAAUCAAAACUAGAAUUAUUGAUACAUGGAUAUUAUGAUGUUAUGCCUGGUUCUGCUAUGUAAACUUUUGUUGUAACUAUAACAAUAAAUCAGUUACUUUCACUGUGCAUUUUUUCUGCUUUUAACCUAAAAUCUUGUGGAUUGCCCAUUUAGCUUGUAGAUCUCAUCUCUACAAGAUAUCUUUAUCUUGUGACAAAAAAACGAAUUUCUAACCCUGUUGACCUUUAUAACAUACCUAGAAUAUUGGCCUAAUGAAAUUUAAUAGCGCGAGCAUGCUUCCUAUUUUCAUUGAACACGCUGAUGACGUCAGUAAACUAACCUCAAGUUCUUGUUAAUGUAGCACCACAACUUGGUAGUUGGCGACCUGAGGUAUCCAGGAGCUUCCACUAUUGACAGCCAGCUCCUGGGAGGCAAAGUUACGCUCUAAGGAAAAUUGAAGGGAGCCCAGUGCUCUGAAGCUGUAAAAUCUAGCAUUCCCAGGAUAAUUAUAAUUAUAAUAAUAAUUACUAUUAAACCAUUAUUAUUAUUAUUAUUAGUGCUCUGAAGCUGUAAAAUCUAGCGUGCCCAGGAUAUGAUUUGUAUAAAAAAACUAAAAUUUCCCGGUCACCCAAGAGCAAAAGUUAGGCACCAGGGUCCACUGGGCUCUGCUAGAGCACGCCGUUCUAGGAGGUAGACCCCUCCCAUGGCUGGCAAAUCCUGGUGAUCUAGUCAUGAACCCCCACGUUCAAGGGAAGGAAGCAGGUACCUGUUGUAGUUCAAAUUUUUUCUUUGGUUUGAAUUUUUUUAAACUGGUUUAAAUUUUUCAAACUGGUGUGAAAUUUUCAAACUGGUUUAAAAUUUUUAAACACAUGUCUCAUUGUCAUUUAUUUGUAUCUCUGCAUGUAAAAUACUCUGUGUAAAAUAAACCCGUGAUAUUGAGGUGUCACACAUUUUAGCAAGUGUUAAUUUUACUGAUUAGGGUUAAGCACUCAUUUUACUAAUUAGGUUUAAGCACUCAUUUUACAGAUUAGGGUUAGGGUUAGGGUUAGGGAUAAUACAGGUUAGGGUUAGGGUUAAGGAUAGGGAUAAAACAGGCUACUACAGGUUGUACUCUAUGCAUUGCCACCAAUGGAAGAGGCUUAGGAACUAUUUUUACUGUGAAACCAGAAUAAGAGAGGGAAGGGGUAAAUGCCGCGAUUAUCUUUGUUGUGGCUAUCCAUUGCUGUUCAGGAUGAUGGUUCACGCUUGAUAUGUCACUGUUCUCUCCUUAAAGCUUUGAUUGCAGAUUAUUACUGACGUUCAGGUAAUAUUUCCUGGUUUGAGGAACGUAUUGAACAAAACUCUUCUUUGAAACGUUUGUAUGAGUCUUUUUUUUGGUUUAAAAAUACUGAAAUUUUAUUGUUUUUGCAACACGUACCUUUUUAUUGUUCACUCUUAAGUAAUAGAACUAAUACAAAAAUGGGAAGAUACUAAAGUCACUCUAUAUAAUUAUGUUCAAAAGAUGAUAUGUUCAUGAUGACUGUUCAUAAUAAACAUGCUUCAAUGUUCAAUUUGAAUUGUGUGCCUCUUUACAAGCACUCGAAAAUGAAAUUUCUUUGUCAUAAUUUAAUUUCACACCAGUUGCUGUACAAGGCUGUAACCUGGAUGUUGCAAUGUAACCUUGGAUUACUCCAAAUUGAGUGACAACUUUGGCAUAGCCAUUUUCUGUAUCAGUAAUUUUUCCCAUCAGCAUAUUUGGAUGCAUGGGUGUUUUUUUAUCAACUUUAUCAAUCUUUAUAGAGACCAUAUCAUCAACUUUGAAAGAUUUGGUUCUGGAACUCUGCCGAGUUUGUUUUAUCAUUCUGUUGUUAUAAUCUUCCUGAUUUUCACUGAUAGAUUUCCGUUUUUUUGUCCGUUCAUCACUUAUGGAUUGGGUACUUUCACUUGUGUCACUAGUAGUAACUGGAGCUUCACCUUCAGUUGCCUGGUCAAGUGACAAUGAAGGGGUAAGCUGCUCUCUGUGUGGCUUUAUGCCAUAUACUGCCUCAUAAGGACUCUGCUUGAUAGCACGGUGGUAGGCAAUAUUUCUUACAUAAGCAGCUUCCAUAGUAGACUGGCACCAUUUGUUGGUUUCUUUAUUAGUAGAAACUAUUAGCGCUCUCAUGUCUUCUUUCCAUGAUCUGUUUGCUCUCCCCACAAGACCUUGCGUUGUGGGAGUACGUGGAGAGCCAUGCCCUUGCUUGAUCCCAUUUUCGUUGCAGAAUGUUUCCAUUUUUUUGUUCUUGAAUUCCUUUCCAUUGUCGGUGAGAAUCAUUUUGGGGAAACCAUAUGUGUAACAGUACAUUUUGAUGACUCUCAGUACCUCAUCAGCAGUUUUGUUUAUAAGUGGUGAAACGUAAACAUAUUUGGUGUGAUGAUCUAUGAUGUUAAUCGCCCAGGUGUGAGGUUCUCUGCAAUCGCAUGGACAGUUUCUGAAAUCCAUUAAGUCAAUCUCCAGAAGAGAAAGAAAACGCGAGACUGAAGAGGUUUUUCCACCAUCUUCACACGACUGGUAAUAGAUUGUUGUUCAGUAUGAAAACGACAUGAAGCAACGAACAGGCUGAUUACCUUACUGUUAACUUCGCUGUAGUUAUUGUUGAUCCAUUUGCUGGUUAUCUGUCUUCCUCGGUGAUUAAUGCGUCUGUGAGCAAGGCUUAAGACCUCAUGAAGCUGUCCUUUGGGGACCACUUUCUUUUUGUCUUCCGUUACUAGCGAAUCAUUUUCAAAGGACCAGUUCUUUCGCUUGAUUGUGUUGAUCUCCCAUUUGGUCAUUUGUAAACAGGUUUCUUGUGCCGAGUCUAGUCCGAGGGACUUUUCUGCUUGGUGUUUCAAAUAUCUCUUUGCUUUCUCGAAAAAGUGGUCGUCGAUAAACAACGUUAUAAGAGAUUCAUUUUUGGUCUGUUUCGCUUUUAAAUCAUCUAAUUUGUGGUGAAAAGUUUCUUUUAAAACGCAGCAGUUCUCUUCUGUCUGUGCUUCCGCCAUCUUAUCAAAAUUGCAAGUCCAAAUGUGCAUCAAAAGCGCAUGCGUGUAAGUGUACGAAUAUUUUAAUAAUUAAGUUGGCCGAGCAGAGGGGAGUCUGAGACCAAUAAAUUAUAAUAGCAACAAAAAUGGACCAGCUUUCUACGAAAUCUAGCAUGGCCUAAUGGAGAGAACAGAGGGCAACAGAUCUGGAGGUUGGAGGUUCAAAUCCUGGUGAGUACAGAAUGAGGUUGCAAAAAAGAAGGAAAUUGUUACUGAGUACGGUGAGGGCAAAGUGGUAACUGAGUGGUAAGUUCAUGUCAGGGGGCUAUCAGGGGUGGUUGAUAAGAAACUGAGGGGUAGUAGGGUACGGUUAGAAGCUAUGAGGGGGUUGGUGGAGAGAAUGAUACGGAAAUUCACUUGUUUAUUCUUCUUGCAUCUAGUUCUUUUUCUUUGACCCCCCCUAAAAAGCCAAGCCCCUAUUUUUUAUCCACACCCCAAAAAGUUAAAGGCCCUUUUUCAGACAGUUGAUUAAAAACCGAUUAACAAAAAUUAAACCGGUUUAAAAAAAAACUAACUGGUUCAAAAAAAUUUAACCGGUUUAAAAAAAUUAAACCAGAGGUAAAAAUUGAACUACAACAUACCCGUCACACUGAGCAAGUCAGUGGAAGUAGGGAGGGGAGGUGGUGGAACUGCAAAAACUGAGUCCUCACGAUCAAGUGACACUAAGGCUGAAUAAAUGCUCACUAAAAACUGCUCAAACACGCCAAAAUGCAAGAAUGCUAAAAAAAAUCACAAGAAAGAAGAAAAGCACUCCAGAAACUACUAAAAACUGGCUAAACAUGCCAAAAUGCCCCUUUUUAUCUUGGUAAAAAACCGGCGAAGCCAGUUUUGCUGAUUUAUCGUUAUGUAUAAGGGAAGACACUUCUCUGGGAGAAAAAUGUAAAGGAAGUUUGGUCUGGGCUGUGCUGCUGAGACCCUUCAAUUCUCACCCUGUUUAAGGCAAAAUUAUGCAUUAAAAUUGCAACCCUGUUUAAGGAGGCUAAAUAGUGAAAUUAAAUACUUGUUUUAAAUUUGAAGAACCCAUAAACUCAUACCAUGCAGAGUGGCUCAUACCGAGUGAGCCAAACUUGGAAGUUACCCCCCUCCCUCACGUUUUUGUCCGUCCGUAAACCCCAAGGAAACGAUUUUCCAUAUAUGGAGGCGAAGGAACAAUGCAUUUGUUAAUGAGGACAUAUCGUCAAGAUCGGUUGUGUGCAUGAUUACCCAUUUUUCACACACAGGCGUACUUGUCAACCAAAGUUUUCAUGCUAAAGAUCUAUUUCACUACAGUAUCGUUCAAAAGUAAUACUAAAUUUUCAGUGAUUCUCAUAUAAAUGACAUGCAUGUAUUCGAUUCAUAUUUGUUGAUUUUAUACAAAUCGAUAGUUUCACUGUCCAUUCAAGAAGAUUUACAGGCUUCCUUCCUGGCCAAUUUAGCUGACGAAGUUGUUCUUGACUGUUUAAACCUAUGACAUCACAAGUAGUAGAAGCAGAGCUGUCAUUUAAGGCCGUGACAUGUAACCGGUAACACCUGUUACGGCUGAGCUCACUUGAUGGUACAGGUGAUCAAAGUGGAAAGCGAAAGGUGGCAUUAUAAAUUUUUGUGAGAUGUUACAGGUGAAUGUUCAUUUGCUAUGGCUGAUUCAAAACUUAAUGACAGCCCUGGUAGAAGCGACCUGGGCCCGCAUGGGCAGUUUAGAGGUGAAUGGGUUUUUAGAUUUUCUUUUAAAGCCCAACAAUUUGAUAAUUAUAAAAGUUUAUUAAUCAUUACAAAGAUAAUAAAUUUGAUUAAAAGAAGUAAAUUUGUUAGAGUUUAGUAAGUUACAGUCGAGCUCCGUGUUUGAUGCUUGGUUGUGCCUUUUCUUUUAGAGUACUGUACUUUUGCUAAUACGCUGGCGUUUUUUUUUUCUUUGUAAAAAGUUAAAUUAAAAAAGUACAUGAGAUGUCAAGAUUCAAGCACUAAGAAGUGAUGACAGUUUUAAUUUUGAAAUAUACGUAAAAAGUGGAAAGCUUAAGUGUGUUAUUUAAGACCUCCUGAACUGCAAAGCCAGACCAAUGGCGUACCAAAUCGGGUGGGGGUUUUCUAAAGUUUUCUCUGAGUCGCUUUUUUAUUUUCACAAAGAUAUAAAGAUAGGUAAUACAAUUAAACAUAUUGCAAAAACAAUGUACACUAAGUGAAGCAAACCACUGUGGAACCCCGUUAAUAUGGUCACCAAUGGGUGCAAAAAGUUUGGCCAUAUUAUUGGGGUGGCCAUAUUACUGGGGCAGGGUCAAUUUUCAUGACUUAAGGACCAUAAUGACAAAUACACCAUACAACACAUUAGCACUUCUUGUACAACUGUGCUCUCUUUAAUAAACAACAGGAAUAUGAUGUAGGUAUCUCUCUACCGUAAUCAUAAAAACUACUUGAAACUUUCCUUUAGUACAUAAAACACUGUAAAAAAUCGGCUAUUUGACUUCCGCAAAUGCAUAGUAAGUGACUAUAGUAUAGUCUAAAAGCAGUACAAAAACAAGCUCAGCGUUUUAGGUCAAUGAAAUUGAUACGUCACAGGCAUUUUAAUUUUCAACAUUUCUAAUGUGUGGCUGUAUUAUUGGGGUCAAAUUGUAAAAGAUUCUACUGUUUGAGAUUUAAAAUGUGGCCAUUGGCCAUGUUAAUGGGUAAUUGUAUUAAUGAGGGUUUUUAUAAGAAAAUGUAGGGCUGUUUUGCCAGGUCAAAAAAAGUAGCUGUGAUGACGAAGUGGCUGUAUUACCAAGGUGGCCGUUAGGCGGGGUUCCACUGUAUCAGAUAUUUUAAAUUUGCCUGUUUGAAAGUAAAUGUCCCUAUAGUACAUGGCAUUAAUGUUUAACAUCCAGAGCAGAAUUACAGGUUCAGUACGUGGCAUCCCCCAUUAUUCAGCAGAUUCUUUUUUUUCCUUUUUGUGGUUAAUUACUGGUGCCAGUAAUGCAUUAUGCCAUCUUCUGUAGUCCAUAGGUAAGCCCUACUCCCUGAAGCAUGAAAUAAGGCCAACUGAAUACUGAAAUGGGUCGGGGUUUUCUUGAUUUCUUUCUUAAGUUGCUCUUUGUGAUUAAUGUACCAUGUUUAGAGAUAUUGUUCUCCAAAGUGAUGAAUGAACUUUAGGAUUUGAAGUAAAAAUGAACAUUACUCGAUUGAAAAAUAGCCACUUUCACAAUCAACAUGGUGUCUGUGAACUGUCCAUAAAUGUCCUUGCAACAGAACUGCAAUUGUAGCUUAUGAACCAAGUACAGACUAUUCAUUAUAAUUCAUUGCACCAGUAAGCACAUAUGUCCUCUCAGGGGACAAGAGUCUCUAGUCUUGUAUUUUGCUCAAGAAUAUACAACUUGUUUUGAAAUCUUAUGAUUCUGCUUUUGCUAAGGUACCACAGCAUUGUUUUUAAGAAAAAUAUAAUUUUUGUAUUUUUGCCUACUUUCUAUAGAUAUGGCAGAACAUAUGAAGAGGCUGGUGAAGACUGGCGUGGAACUUACUGUCGAAGAACGUAACCUUUUGUCCGUGGCCUACAAGAAUAAAAUUGGUGCUCGGCGAGCAUCAUGGCGCAUUGUAGAUGCCUGUCAAGGUAAAUUAAAAGAAGUAAACAUGGGUUACAAGGAAGAAAUUGAACAAGAAUUGAGGGACAUUUGCAAAGAAAUCCUCAGUCUCCUUGAAGAUUAUCUCAUUGCCAAAGAAUCGUCUGGCACAGCAGAUCCAAAAAAAGCAGCUGAAGCAAAAGUUUUCUUUCUGAAAAUGUAAGUAUUCUGUAAAUACUGAAGAUUGCAUAUUCUGCAAGACCUUCCAUCUUUGAAUCUCUUAUACUUUAACAAUUUGAUCUUUAUUGUAAAUCAAUAUUAUAACGCAUGUAUUACACAUAUAUUUAGCCUGUGUAGCAAGCAUUUCCAGUCGAGUUGUUAAAGCGGGAGCAAAAAAAAAAUGGAAGGGGGAGGGGAGAAGAGGAAACGCUUGCCCGCAAACCCCACGAUUUUGGAAAAUGCCCCUUGAUAUUUUAUGGUUCAGUUCAUUUGUAAAUUGACAGCUCGUCAAGAUAGAUAUCGAAUAGAUUACCAGAUUUGAAAAAAUUUCUUUGUUCCCUAAAACAUGCUCCACGCGAUUGCAAAACUGUAAUAAAAAGAAGCUUUACUAUAAAAGAAGGUUGAAACUCUAAGCGAUUGCUGUGGAAUUUCUCAUUCUUAAUAGUUGAGUUAAAAUUUUAACGUUAUGUGGCUUUAUCUCACCUGAAACCUUGUUAAAACGUCGCAAAGAAAUGAUUUGUCCGGAACAAUUUACUCUGCUGGCUAUGAGUUUUGCAGAGCAGCUGCUCUCCAUAGGCCAGCCAGUGUCGAAAAGUUCACUACAAUACAUGCCGCUCAAUUUUCAAUCACUUGUCCAUGGCUGCUCUAGCUAGUGUCUAGUACUCGAUGUUCUGAUUUACGUUGAUGUUAUCUCCAACAAACAGUCCAUUUUUUCCAGUCACAUAUGUAUCCCGUCAUUCGAAAUAAAUUGGCCUUCACUAGUCUCCACUGCUCGAUCUCCAAUUGUACUUUUGAUCGAAGGGACUUAGAUCUGAUAAACCUUCGCACAAACAUGAUUCAAAUAAAUAUCAGACUAAAGCAUUUGUAAUCUGUGACCACAAAUCAGAUCAGACCAGAUCUGCGGUGUACGUAAACAAAACAUACCUGGUUUGAUUGAUGUAUUAAUUGCUAUUUUAAUCAACACUACCAGCACCGCACCAAUCAAAAGCUGCAUUUGUGGGCGAACGCAGUUUUUCAAAAUCGUGGGGUUUGCGGGCAAGCGUUUCCUUCUCUCCCUUCCCCCUCUCCCCUCAUUCCUUUUUUUUUGCUCUUGUUCCAACUUUCUCGACGAAGUUGCGCGGAAACGCUUGCUAUGCAGGCUAACAUAUAUUUAACUUUAUUAUGAUAUUAUUUUUUUCGGCGGUCGUAUCAUCUGACAUGUGUGUCACAAUGGUUUCAGCCCUAAAUUGAGCAAAUUGCAAAUGUAAAAGAAAAAAUUCAUAAUUGCAACUGUAGGAGUCACAAUUUCGAGCCCUUUAGUGACACUCAUCACAGGUGUUUAGAUUUAUUGGUUCUAAUGAAAAAAUACUGAAACAGUUCUUCGUACUGCAAUGUUAGAAUUUUUAACUGGGCUGCCUGUGGCCAACCCAGUUGGCCAGCCCAGUUUAUAAAAUACGUUCCAUUUUCUUCGUGGGAGGGGUGGAGGUGUGCCUUCCGGCUCUCCUAUAUCAGAACAAUAUCUAUAAGCCUGGUUAGGUUAAUUAAUGUAAGGGAGUAAUCCCCUCCUCCCCCCCACCAGAUUUAUUUCGUCACAAUGAACACUAUCAAUAAUGACUUAGAAACAAUAAAGCAUGUUAAGCAAAGGCAACCAUUAGAUGAAGAUGUGUUUUUGAAGCUAGCAUACUGCACUUUUUCAUCGUCUCCUUCCUCUAUAAAGGAACUAAAUGCUCUUCUGACUAAUUACUGGGCUGCCCGGCAAGCCCAGUCAUAAAUUUGGUUUUCGGUCGUCUGUGGCGAAAAACGGCCUCCUGGGGGAGGGAAGACACGAGGGUCUGGUACCAAGAAACGAUGUUCUCAAAAAUGGUUUCAUAUGAUUUUUCCUUGCACGGAGCCUUGCACGGAUACUUUUUGUACCUCGUCUCCGCUCUCCCUGAAAAACCCACAAGGCGUUGCGAACCUGAAGAAGGCUAUUUGCGUUGUUGGAAGCGAUUCGAUCAUAGGAGUCACUCUAUAAUUUUUUUAUUGUUCGAGUUUAAGUCAGUUAGAUGAUGUUGCCGCUGGGAAACUCUGAGAAACGUUGCAUACAAACCAACACGCCGUUCACGGUAGGUUCACACCAAAAGAUGACUGUGAGCGUCAGGUUUGGAACGCCGGGGCCGCUUCAUGAACUCAAAGAGAGAAUUAUCGAUUGAUGUAGUACUUGAGCAAUUAAGAAGCACAAUUUAUGAGCAAAGUAUUUCACCAGUUGACGACACUAUGGCUGAAGGCUUUUGUAAGCUGUCGUAGUCAGUGAAGCAAACAACUCAGUUGCCGAUGAAUGUCAGAUGAAUCCUGAUGUUACGCAUGUCCAUGAGCGAGGGACGUGACAACUUUCCCAUGUUAGAAGACUGGCUUUUCCUUUAAAUAUUUCCUUCUAUUUAAUUUGGAGGUCUAAAUUUCGAAUACUGAGGAUAAAGAAGAUACGGACAAAAAUACGAACUCUGAGAAUUUCGCACACAAGUUCAAGGCUUGACUUGAGGAAAAUAGGAGCUAUUACUGACAAGGUUUGGUGACUGAGUAGAGCAUACAAGUGUAGCCCACGUCGAGGUUUCAGGGAGUUUGCUUUUGUUUGUAUCUGUAUCUUGCUAAGCUUUUAUCAUUAAAUUUGUACAUGAUCUUGUGAUCACAAUUCUGUGUUUUUGCCCAUUCAGCAAGCAUGCUAUAUUGAUGUCAGCAUUAGCGAGUUCCAUAAACAUGCCUUUCAAAAUUUUCAGCUCUUGUGAUGUUUCUUGAUAUUUCUUCUACCAUUUUAUGGAGAUGUAAACUGAAGUCGCCGUAAAAUGGAAACUUAAAAAAACGUAUAAUCCAUUUAUCUCGAAACAUAAUACACAUGACUUAUAUGACCUUUAUUUUCCUAAAGGUGUUUUGGAUACGAACGAACACAGUCAAUGUGAGGGGCAAAAACAGUAAUAAUAAUUAUACUCAGUAAAUGAACGAUAGGGUUUUAACUAAUAUAAGGGUCAAUUAUUGUGCAUUGAGAUGAAUCGCUUGAAAAGAGAGACUUCACUUGAAGAUGUGAUCAGAAGUGAACAAAGUCACAAUAGUGCGUCACGUUCAGUCUUUUUAAUAUCCAAGGACUGUGAAUAGUGAUUCCAUAUUGUUUAGGAGUUAUAAAGCGGCAUAGUUAUCAUCCAUGAAGAAAAGUUAAUCAUGGGUGAGACAAACAAUUAACUCAAGCGAAUUUUUAACUCAUAUCGGCAUAUCGGUAUCAGGUAAGAAAUAUGUUGUCGAUUUUUUUCAUCUUUUUACAUUGUUUGAAGUGCGUGCUGAUGAAAGCAACAUGUGAGCGAGAAAUCUUUAAACUUUUUUAGGUCACAAAAUGCAAAGGAUUUUAUUCCUUUAAGUUAGAGAAAAAUACCAAGAGGAAAAUCUUAAAACUGAAUAUUUUUUAUCUUGUGGAAAAAAUAGUGCGUUUUCACGUAGACUGUAGACGGCAAAUUAGGAUCAUCUAUUUACUGCACUUUUCACAAACAUGCGAAUUCUGAAGUUCAGAAGCCAACCGACGAUUCCGUUUUUCGCUGCUGUCAAUCAUCUUAUCUUAACAGACCUCUUAGGAAACAAAACUUUACUUAACGGGUUCAAAAGGUCAUGCUUUGUGAUUUGUGGAUUUCAAUCGUUUUGUGUUUCUCUGUUUCAAGGUUCGUCACUUGUGAUCGUAAUUAUGAUUGACGGCAGCAAAAAACACAAUUGUGAAGGUGGCUUUUGAAGUUUAGAGUUCGCAUGUUUGUGAAAAGCACAGCAAAGUCUCGGUGCAGUCAGAGGCCCCUGGAUCAGGCGGGAUCAAUGGGCAGUUGGCUGUCUGUUUUAGUAUACUUCUGGUUUUAAUACAAUACAAUAUUUCUGUCUAGUGUAAAUCAGCUCCAUCCGUCGCACUUUAUGCUCGUAGAACGACAACAAUAUACGUUAUACUGUCAUGCUAUAUUUUGGGGCACAGAGGGAUUGGGGGAGGGGUGCAUGAAAAUAAUGCAAAUCGUUUCCUGCUUAGAAUUAAUGGCUAAUUUGUUUAUUUUUAUUCAUAAUGGUGGAAUUUAAAAGUUAUUAUACAGCCCCCACUUAAAAAUGGUACUCUUGUUUUUUGGUUACGAAAGUCUUUCAAAAGGGUACAAUGUUCUGAAUGAGUUUAUGUUUCAGUCUCACGUGAGAUUCUGUUGCAUGCAAUGGUCGGCGACAAGGUUUUGUAGUAGCCUGAGUGUGUAUAGCUGCCCCCUCCCUGCCGAAAAAAAUAGCCCCUUUGCAGCCCAGUUAAAAAUCGCCUUUCGGCGGUUCUUGUAACUAAUAACACAGCCUCAAACUAUAGGGUGGACAAUUUUAACGUUAAAAAGUUAUUCUGAUUUUUAAAAAAUCUGUGCUUUUUUUUAUAUCAUUGUAGAUUGGAUUACCUUUUUUACCAAUGUAUUCACUUCCAUUUUUAACAUCUCUCAAUUUGUUAAACCAUUGUAAAUAGGCUUUUUAUCAUGAUUGUUGUAAUUUAUUAUUAUAAAUUUUGUUUUUAGAGGGCCACUAGGGAGAAUACUUUUCAUAGUAAUUGGUGUCACCCUCUUAAAAUGCAGGUUAUAUAUAAGAUGCUACGAUGAGUACCGUUUGGGGUUUUUCUCACUUUUUGUUCAAAUUUAAACCUUUUCAUGAGUAUUCAUUCCAAAACGUGAUCUCAAAUCUCUCUCUGCAUGAAGCUAGUGUGUGUGUGUCGGUGUGUACAUCCAUUGAAUAAAGAUGUCUCCCAAGCUACCAUUGGUACUUUUUUUUGUGCCUUCGUCAGAAGAUGGUAGGAUGGGUCGCUUUCGAGGUUUCUAUUUGCUUUAUGUUGAAGUUUAAGCCGUUUAAAAUGUGAUGGCCAAUGUCUCUUUUUAUCGUAUUUCGAUUUUUGCUCUGUGUGUGAAAAGUCAUUCCUUACAGGAAAGGCUUUAAAUGCAAUAUGAGACAAAAACAAAACUGAAAUGUAGUUUGCUUGGUCAGUUUUAAGAACCAGAAUUGCAUGAAAAUAGUGCUAAUUGUUUCCUGCUUAGAAUGGCUAACUUGCUUAUUUUUAUUCAUAAUGGGGGAAUUUAACAGUUAUUAUACAGCCCCAACUUAAAAAUGGUACUCAUUUUUCUUGUUACAAGAGUCUUUCAAAAAGGUUACAAUGUUCAAAUGAGUUUAUGUUUCACUCUCACGAAAUUCUGUGUCACGCAGUGGUAGGCGACAAGGUUUUAUGGGAGCCUGAGCGCGUACAGCCACCCCCUCCCCUCACAAAAAAUUGCCCCUUGGCAGCCCAGUUAAAAUUGACAUUCGGCGAUUCUUGUGUUUUUUUUUUCAAACAGGAAGGGUGACUACUAUCGAUAUUUAGCUGAAAUUGGUAAAGGAGAAAAGUCAGAGGAAAAUGAAAAAGAUCCAGCUAAAAAAUCAGCAUCUGAUCAUGCUCUAGAUGCCUACAAAGCUGCAGUCGAUGAAGCUGAACAUCUUCCUACGACAAGUCCUAUACGCUUGGGUUUGUACUUAAACUACUCUGUAUUCUUUUAUGAGCUCUGCAAUAACCCAGAGAAAGCCUGCGAACUAGCCAAAACUGCCUUUGACACAGCCAUUGCUGACCUAGACACCUUGAGUGAAGACUCAUACAAGGACAGCACUUUGAUUAUGCAGCUUUUGAGGGACAAUUUGACACUGUGGACAUCAGACCAAGGUAUGCAAUGUCAAUAG